AUGAUAGAGGUCUAUGCACGGAUUGCAAGGUCAUCCCGAAGAGGCGGCGAGAGAGGUGUUAGGGUCUCAAAGGUUUUUUCUGGUGGCUAUAUAGGGGACUGGUGGUGGAACGAAGAGGUGCAAAGAAAAGUGGAAGCAAAGAAAGCGGCAUAUUUGAAGCUAGUAGAGAGUAUAGACGAGGGGCAGAAGAGUGCCAACAGGGAGGGGUACAAGAAGACUAGGAGAGAGGCGAAGUUGGCGGUUACGGCAGCUAAGGCCGCAAUGUUUAGUCAUUUAUACGAAGAAAUGAGGGUUAAAGGCGGGGACAAGAAAUUGUAUAGGCUAGCUAAGGUGAGGGAGCGGAAGGCCCGGGAUCUGGACCAAGUCAGAUGCAUAAAAGACGAGAAGGGAAGAGUUUUAUUGGAGGGGGCACAGAUCAGGCGGAGAUGGCAGGCGUACUUCCAUAAACUUUUGAACAAGGAGGGAGAUAGGCGCAUCGCACUGGGGGAGUUGGAGUACUCAGAGCGGCAGCGAGAUUUUGGGUACUGUAGGCGCAUACGAGUGGGGGAGGUGGAAGAGGCUAUGCGCAGGAUGAGUAGGGGUAGAGCAACUGGGCCGGACGUGAUCCCGGUGGAAUUCUGGAAGAGUGUGGGCAAGGAGGGCGUGGAAUGGCUUGCAAGGGGUAUCAAGUUGUUAAGCCAUACGAUGAAAGUGUGGGAGAGGGUGAUUGAAGGGAGAUUGAGGAGGUGUGUGUCCAUUUCUGAGAAACAGUUCGGUUUCAUGCCGAGACGGUCGACUACUGAGGCCAUACACAUUGUGAGGAGAUUGGUAGAGCGGUAUAGGGCGGUGAAGAAGGAUUUACAUAUGGUGUUCAUUGACCUGGAGAAAGCCUAUGACAAAGUACCGAGAGAAGUUCUAUGGAGAUGUUUGGAGGCGGGAGGGAUCAUCACUCAGCCCGUUUUUGUUUUCCCUGGCGAUUCUUUGACGCGUCACAUCCAAGGGGAGGUGCCUUGGUGCUUGUUAUUUGCGGACGACAUAGUCCUGAUUGAUGAGACGCGAGGUGGCGUUAACGAAAGGCUGGAGGAGGCGGGUAGGGAUGUGAGACUCGAUACGCAAGUUAUUCCCAAGAGGGAGAGUUUCAAAUAUCUGGUAUCUAUAAUUCAGAUGAAUCGGGAGAUAGAUGAGGAUGUUACUCACCGUAUCGGAGCAGGAUGGACGAAGUGGAGGCUCGCUUCCGGUAUCUUGUGUGAUAAGAACGUGCCGUUGAAACUUAAGGGUAAGUUUUACAAGAGGAGAAGAACAGAUGCCCCAGUCAGGAGAUGUGAGAGGUUGGACUUGGGAGGUGAGAGGAGGGGUAGAGGUAGACCUAAGAAGUCUUGGGGUGAGGUGGUCAGACAGGACAUGGCACAGCUUGAGCUGACCGAGGACAUGACCCUAGAUAGAAAGGUGUGGAGGUGGAAGAUUAGGGUGGAAGGUUAG